AGAGGGGCGAUGGCUGAGGAUAUGGAACCUGAUUUUUACCUAAAGUGGAAGCACUGUGAGACACAGGGUGUUAAGACUCUAUGCAACCUGAGGAAACUUCUGUCCCGACUCCAGGAGGACCACAGGAAGGAUAUCUAUGUGUACACUUCAGGACACCUGAACCCCAGGAAGCUCUACAAGCCACCGGAGACCAUUUUCCAGCACUGGCGCAAUGCAAACAAGUCAUGGCAGAAACCCAGCACCUCCACAUCCUCUGCCAUCUCCUCUAUUUCCAGAAAAGAACAAGUCUCAGAGAUGAAGGAUGCUUGGGUUCGCUUUACAGUGAACACAGCCCUGCAUCCCGAUGACACACACAACACGCCACUGUUCAGGUAUCUGAACCCACGAAUACAGUCCUCCCAUGCCCUCAAAGAAGGUGAAACCUCCACAUCUCCACAGUAUGAAGAGGAAGAGGAACUAAAGGAAAGACCUGUGUUUUCCCGGGAAACACACAUGAAGGAAGAGCUCAGGCUGCCUGAGAUGAAAGUCCUCAGAUACUCAGAGGUGGUAUCCAGCCGCCAGUGUUCCAGGUCUGCCCCAGGCAGGGAUGUGUACCAGUACAUCAGCUCCUACCUAGCUGGUAUAACAAAAGCUGACAGAUACAAGAAGUUCCUAAGUUUCCAAAGAGAAGUGCUAGCAAAGGAUGAUAUCCUGAAGUAUGAUUUCACGGGGAGCAAGGUGGCUGUGAACCAUGAGAACAGACUGAAGGAGGAGCUCCAGAAUAUAUGCACCUACAACCCCCAGCAGUUCAACAGGUUGCAAGUCUUUGGGGAAAUCUUUGAGGAUAUUUGCAACAGCUCUUUGAUCUUCGGGGAUCUCCUGAAAGAGGUUAAGGAUGAAUAUGAACUUUACAUGGCAGCUCUCCUGGACUCACAGCUCACAGCACAGUAUCAGCGGCUCCUGGCUGAAGUCAAGGGGUUGGAGAAGAGCCCAGUGCACAGCAGUGACAUUGAUCAAGCCAAGGAGCAUCUGAGGAAGCUCCAGCAGGCUGCCCUGGAAGCUCUGGAGCGCAACAACAGACUCAGAAAUGACCUGGAGGCUGAGAGCUUACUGCUGCAGUCUGCUAAGGAGAAAUCAGAAUUAGCUAGUAGGAAAAUACAUGACGAGAAACAACUCACUCUGAUUGAAAGGGUGGAGAAGAGGAGAUGUGAAAUCUUUGAAAAAUGGGAUGAGAUUAAAGCUCUUGAGAAACACAUCAAAGAAACUCUGGUGCAUUCGAGAGUGUCAGAUAUCACCGAGAACGGCAUCAAAAGCAUAGAGAAUGAAGCUGUAAAGUUGGAAACAGCAAACAGAAUCUUAAAGAAGAAAAUAAAAGUCAUUGAAAGCCAUGUGAAGCAGCUCCUAAAAAAGAGUAAGGUCAGCGAGGAGGAAAGGCAGGUUCUCUUGGAUCUCAUUAGAGAAUAUGCAGAUGUUGAGGAUGUUGAAGAAGAUUCUGAAAUGCUUGGAAAACUGACAUAAGGAAGUGUCUGCUUCCCAGCCCACCACCUGGAUAGGUCAAUGGAGAUAUUUCUUCUUGUCAUCUUUCCCACUGAUAACAUCAGUGUGGGAUGUGCACCAUCCUCAGUAUGUUGAUAGAUGUAUCUUCCAUGUGAUUCGUUUGACUUUAUAUGUGCAUACUGGUCCUUGGUUCAUCUAUUAUUCAAUAACUUUUAACUGGACAAAACACGUUUGAAUAUUUAAUAAGAAUGGAGAUUUUAUCCUGCUGGGAUGUAUAUCAGUUCGGUUUAAGUGCUGACAUGUUUCCACACAUGCAUUUAAUAAAAUAAACAUCAUACUCA